UGCUUUCUUUACAUUGGAGGCUUCUCCCCGAGUCCCUUGUUGUAACCUGUUGGGCCUACGGAUCGCCCGUGGUCCCGGAGGUGACACUUCUCAGUUUUCUUUCAAACUAGAUAUUCUGGACAGUGAGCCCUGGCUGUGAUCACAUCGGGAGACUGAUGCUCCAUGACAGCUAAAAGUUGGAUUGAGUUUCAGGAGCUACUAUAUAUAAAGCUGGGGCCACUUAUGUCACCGCACUAAUUAAAUGCCAUCUGGGUGGUUCCUCUGGGUUUUUGAGCCCAUCACCCAGUUCAGACCGAGUCAGAGGCCAAGGAGGAGAACAUGAUGAUGGACCUUUUUGAAACUGGCUCCUAUUUCUUCUACUUGGACGGGGAAAAUGUUACCCUGCAGCCAUUAGAAGUGGCAGAGGGCUCGCCUUUGUACCCAGGGAGUGAUGGUACCUUGUCCCCCUGCCAGGACCAAAUGCCCCCGGAAGCUGGGAGUGACAGCAGCGGGGAGGAACACGUCCUGGCGCCCCCCGGCCUGCAGCCCCCCCACUGCCCCGGCCAGUGUCUGAUCUGGGCCUGCAAGACCUGCAAGAGGAAAUCUGCGCCCACCGACCGGCGCAAAGCCGCCACCCUGCGCGAGAGGAGGCGCCUCAAGAAGAUCAACGAGGCCUUCGAGGCGCUCAAGCGGCGCACGGUGGCCAACCCCAACCAGCGGCUGCCCAAGGUGGAGAUCCUGCGCAGCGCCAUCAGCUACAUCGAGCGGCUGCAGGACCUGCUCCACCAGCUCGAUCAGCAGGAGAAGAUGCAGGAGCUGGGGGUGGACCCCUUCAGCUACAGACCCAAGGCGGAGAGCCUGGAGGGGGCGGACUUCCUGCGCACCUGCAGCGCCCAGUGGCCAAGUGUUUCGGAUCAUUCCAGGGGGCUCGUGAUCACUGCCAAGGAAGCCCAACGUUGCUUCCUGACAGCCCUGUCCGGACGUUGGGGUUGCGCAUUGCAGAAGUCCCAGAUACCACCACGGACAGCGCCUCCUGCAGGCAUGGAACAGUAGCCUGCCCCUUUUCUGUCUCUUGAAGGCCUCUCUCUGGGGGUAAGGGUCACUUUGUCUUCUGAGCACCUGGAUGAUUCUCUUUUCUCCUAGAACACUUACCAAAGCACAGAAAGGUCCCUAGCUCUCACAUAAGCUCUCCCAGCGGUUUGGGUAAAGCAGGUGGGAGUGCUCGGGGCUGUAACUGCUGAGUUGCUGGGGGCACUGCCUGCCUGCCGAGCUGGAAGCCAGGUUGCUAUUGUGGAGCCUUGGGCUGAAACAGCUCCUCUCUGCUUCCAGUUUCCUCAUUUGUGAAAUCGUGGUGACAACAGCAAUGGUGCCUAACUCAGGGGUGUGAAGAUUUCAGCGAGAUACACACAGAAAGGGUUUAUAGCCAAAGCACAGCACCAAGUCCAUACUAAAUGUCAGCUCUCCCUUUUUUCCUUACACUGACCAUCAAAAGGCUUCUCUUCCACCAAAAGCCCCAGUUCUUCAAAUACUGUUUGCUGCCUUGCCGGCACUGUUCGGGGGAAAAUAUUAAUGACAGGGAAUUCAGUAGCAAUAUGAGUGACUCUUAGCAUUUUACAUAUGAACUCAUAAUCCUACAAUGACUUCUGUGAAAGAAACUUGUAUUUCUUUUGAGAAAAGGUUUCUUUGGAACUGAAGAGUUUCUUGCAUUAGUAAGUGCAGAGCCAGGGCCUUGAGCCAGUGAGUAUCAGUGGCUUCAAGCUUGUUUUCUCAAUCGCCCUGCACCCUGGAAGAGAAGCCUUAGCAAAUAAGAAAGACCACUUAUGGCCUAGAAAAAUUGGACUCUCUUUAGCAAUUGUUUUCCAGAGGUUCUUUCUCAAAAGUGACUAGCUAGUGAACUCCAAAUUAGGGCGUAAAUUAAUUAAAGAUAAGCAGUAGAGCAUUUCAAAUUAUCCAAUCAGAACAUGUAUGAAUAUGAAUAUGUUUGAAUGGUGUGUACAGUCAUUAAUCAUGCGUAUCAUGGAUCUACAAUUUUUUUCUAGAGAAUCAAUAGUUUCCCUAAAAUGUGUAUGUCUAUAUAUGCAUUGUAUGUAUACGCAUUACAUAUUAUAUAUAUGUAAUAUAUAUAAAAUAAAGAUGUGCCUAAAAUAUAGG